AUGGAGAGGUCAAGAAAGGAAAGAGCUGGCGAGGUGGUGCUGCUUCGUGAACGGGCAUCCAGCGCAGAAGAACGCGCAGAGGCAAAUCAACGCGAAUUGGAGCGUCUUCGCGACCGGUUGGUGGAGUGCGAACGCGAAGCGGGCCGACUCUCGCGCAGCCUGUCAGCCGAGCGAUUCGAGAAGGAGCGCGCGCUAUCCGAACUACGCCUGAGCACAUUGCCAGCAGCUUACCGACCGUCCGGAUACACAACGGGGUAA